AUGAUUACACUGUUUCGAAGAUAUCCAUUAAUAUUCUCGAUAGUAUACCUAUUUUUAUAUCAGGGAUUAGGCUCAGCUAUUAUUGGUGGAGGUUCAGAAUUCGGCAUAGCUUACGGUAUGUAUCAUAAUUCGCCUCAUAUCGUCACCUUAUGGGCAUUCCCUAAUACUUUAUCUGGUGAUUGUGCAUUAACAUUAUUUAUCCAAGUAGGCAUUACAUGGAUAAUUGAAGAAUUUAUGGUAGGUUAUGAUGAUUAUCUUGAUAACACUUUUGAAUUUCCAAUUUGGUUUGUUGAAUUUUGGUAUAAUUUAAUAAUAAUUCAAAGAGGUCAAUUUAGUAGAUUUUUACAAUGGUAUUUUGAAAUUAAUACAGGUUUAAUGCCUUAUAAAGAUAAUAAUAAAUUUAGUAAUAAUAAGGAUGUUGAUAUAAAGAAAAUGUCUUUAUUAAAAUUCUUAAGAAGACAUAUUAUCAAAUAUCCAAAUGAAAAACUAUAUUUUAAUAUAAUCGAAUGGUUAUUACGUAAAAUUUUAAGAGCAAUGAUAUUUGCUGUAACUUUAUUCAUAUUUGUUUGGCCUAUUUGUAUGGGCAUAUUUGCUUCAAUUGGUACAAAAAUAUAUGGACAUGAUAGGUACUUUAAUAAUUAUCCAGAACCUCAAUUGAUGAAACUUUCGUAUGGUGCCGUCAUUGGAAUGGUUACUACUCCAUGCGUUGUAGCUGUUAUUAUUUUGCGUAAUCGAAUCUAUGAACGUGUCAUUAGAGAUCGUAGUUUUAUCUUUAAAGUUAAUACAACAGAUUCAACACAUAUUUUAAAUUUCUCAAUGCCUAAUAACGUAGAAGAACUUCCAUCACAAUUUUAUACACUGUCGCAUGAAUCUGACCAUGAUUCAAUAGCGAGCGAAUCAGGCAUAGAACAACUUCAACUGCAAGCAGAAACGAAUGAACAUAUAACAGAUGAAAAAUUACAAAGAUCUACAACCUCUCGAUCGAGUUCUGGUUCUAUGAGACUGUCAUUACCAAAAAGUUUAAUGGAUAACUCAUUGGACGAAUGA